AUGAAAAACCUGCAUUUCAAAGAUUUCUUCUGGAACGCGGACCUGACCAGCACUGGAGGCUAUGACGCCAUCAUCCAGUACCUGAGCGAUGGGAAACGGACCUGCAAGGAGGUGGAGGACUUCAUGAAAGCCAGGGCGUCGGUGGAAGAGAAGUACGCCAAAGACCUGCUCGGUUUGUCCAAGAAGGUGUGUGGACACAAUGAGAUGAACACGUUAAAAAGAUCCAUGGACAUGCUCAAAUUACAGACGGAACAGGUGAGUCUGACCCACCUGCAGCUGGCCCAGAGCAUGAGGGACGAGGCCAAGAAGCUGGAGGAGUUCAAAGAGAGGCAGAAAGAAGCCCGGAAAAAGAUCGAGCAGCACAUGGACGCCCUGCACAAGCAGAAGACCUCCCAGUUCAAGAGGACCAUGGACUCCAAAAAGGCCUACGAGCAGAAGUGUCGAGACAAAGAAGAGGCCGAGCAGAAUGUGAACCGGAACACCAACACCAGCAACACCAAGCACAUAGAAAAGCUCAACUCAAAAGCGCAGCAGGCCAAGCAGAACGCAGAAGAAGCAGACAGGCUGUACCAGCAGAACGUGAGCACGCUGGCUAAACUCAGAGAGGAUUGGCUGAAGGAGCACGUCCAGGCAUGUGAGGUGUUUGAAACGCAGUCCUCGGAGCGGAUCAGCGCCCUGAGGAACACCAUGUGGACCCACCUGAACCAGCUCUCCCAGCAGUGCGUCACCAGUGACGAGCUGUAUGAGGAAGUGAGAAAGUCUCUGGAGCAGUGCGACAUCCAGGAAGACAUCGAGCACUUUGUGAACCUCCGGCGGACCGGGGACAAGCCUCCAGGUCCGGUCUUGUACGAGAACUUCUACAACGCUCAGAAGCCUCCGGCUGCAGCCCCGGCCUCCCGGCAGCCUCCCCCACCCAGAAGAGGGCCGUUACCUGACCCAACACAGAACAGCAGGGAUGACCCACACUACUCGGUGGUGCAGGACGCGGGAUACAGCGUAAUCCAGUACUAA